CAUACUUUUUUCGCGGCAGAGACUGACACAGAUCCUGAUGCAAAAAAAUAGAGGACGAAUGAACAUCAGCAACAAACCUGUUCUCGCCUCUCUUUAACACAGGAAUUGUAUAGAAUUUGCUUCAAAACACGUUUAGCUAACGACCAGAGAAGAUAUCUACAUUGCUGGAAAAUGUUCAGGGACUUUGCUUUUUCCAAGGAUUCCACUUUUUCCGUAUUUGGGAAAACUACCUACAGAUGUUGAACGAUUUCCUAGAAAGGUGCAAAGGCACAGGUCGCUAGUGGACCACAGAGACCAAAGUGAUCAACAUGUCUAUUUGGGUGAUCAUACCCAUCAGCCUACCUGUCUUCACCAUCACUGGAAUAUGGGUUGUAUAUGCCAUGGCCCUCUACAACCAGCAUGUAUGCCCCGUAGAUAACUGGCUGUAUAAUCAGUCGUGUGAGGAAAAGCUGUCUCUACAGAGGGGUCCUGUGCUGUGCUGUACCCUGGACAAUGUCCCACUCAUCAGUAAGUGUGGCACCCUGCCCCCUGAGAGUUGCUUCUUCAGCCUCAUCUGCAGUACCGGAUCCUUCCUGGUGAUGUUGAUAGGGCUGCUGCGGUAUGCCCACGUCAUAGAGAAGCACCAGAACUGUGUCCUUAAUACGGCCGGCCUGUCCACUUGCUGGAUCUGUGCUGCAGGACUCAUUAUGGUGGGCAACUUCCAGGUGGAUUAUGCCAAAGUGCUUCACUACGUGGGUGCAGGGGUGGCUUUUCCCACCAGUAUACUGUUUGUGUGUCUGCAGUCAGCCCUGACCUACCGGCUGGCGAAGACCCAGAGGGAGUACAACGUGGGCCACCUUCGACUGGGGAUGAGCCUGCUAGCCUUCAUCACCCUGGUCCUCAGCGGUGUCUUCUUCAUCCAGGAGAGCUUUGCCCUGCAGCACGCCUCCGCCAUCUUUGAGUGGCUCUUCUGCAUCAUCAUCAUGCUCUUCUUUGGGACCUUUGCCUUUGAGUUUGGGGACAUGUCCGGGGACACCCUGGUGGUGCUGGCCAGAGGAGGGGGUGUCCAGGGCUUCUCCAGCAGUGACCACAAGGCUGAGGAGGCAGGAGGGCCCAACCACCACUACCAACCAGAUGGCAUAGCCAUGCUGUAGGCCUAUCAAAGGGAGGCUUCUGUGCCCACUGACCAAUCACAAACAGGGUGGGAGUGGGAAGAGUGGAUGCCUGACCAAUUAUAGACCACCAAAGGGCAUGAGGACGACAGACCCUGCAAAUGGACCUGCUCGGUAUUGCACAUAGCUAAAGCACCGAAAGCUUUUCUAACCAAUGACCAAAGACUAAUAUCAUGUUAUUGCCAUAUUUGUACUACGUUGCAGUAGACAGUACAGGGUGGAUUGCAAAACAUAUUAUGUUACAAGUGCCAUUUGGAAGGAACACAGGCAGGCGCACACACACACACACACCUUCCCUGUCCUUUCAUCAUUAUGUAAUCACUCUUGAUUACGAGAACGUGUGCGCUUGCCGUGUAUCAGAUCCAUUGUCUUGACUGAGUGCCUGAAAAAUCUUUGAUGACUAAGCAGAAUAUGGCUGGGUCAGUGCCUGUGUUAUUAUGCUUGGCCAUUCAGACACUGAACUCUGCAUUGCAUUGUUUCUACUCAGGAAAAUCUGUUACAUCACCAGCUGUUGUUCAGUACCUUUUAACAGGACCUUAAAGGGAAGCAGACUUAAAGUCAAACAAAAGAGGUAUUGUUGUUUUCUGUGCUCAGAGAUAUUUGUUUUAUAUCAGAGGUUUAAUUGUUGUAUUGUAUGAAAUAAAAGGCAAAUAGGGUGAAGGGAGGUUCUGUCCAGGUGCAGUGUCCCUUGUUGCUUCAUUUUGUGAGGGACUAUGUGAAAGGUGUCUGAUAACCUUUAUUUGGUGAUGUGUGUUAUGCAUUGAAACCAGUAGAGGGCACCCUGAUCAAUGGUUUUGUUGCUGUGUCAUCUGAUGCAGAGGAGAAAGUGUUACAGUGGAAAAGAAAGUCCUAAGGGAAGCAAACCAGAGAAAUUAAUCACUUUGCCAUAUUUGAAAGUGUAUCCUUGUACCAAAUUGAUGACAAGAAUAAGAAAUAUUAAUACAAACAUGUUAUUUUAUGUAUGCUGUCCAAUAUUUCAUGUAUUAAUGCAAAUAUAGACUUAUUUUUUACUUGAUCUAAAAUCUGUCUAUUUAUCGCCUAGAACCUGUUUUUGUAAUUCAUAAUUUUCCAAUUGCUUUUGUAUCUUAAAAGGAAAGAUUCACCCAUUUUGAAUGUUAUAUUGUUUUUGUUAAUCUCUGAGCUAUGUUCUAUUGAUUCCCGGGGUCAUUUCAUGUUUUCAUGCGUAUCUGAGCAAUUGCUGUUCAAGCAGGCAGAAAUACAACAUGUAUCAUACCAAUCAGUGUUUUGAAAGUUCUAUAUCUUGAAAACCUGAUUUCUGACAUGCAAAACAUUUUGGGUUUGAGUGGAUUAUUACUUUAAGGUGAGCAUUAGCAAUGCACCAGCAAAGAAUAAAACCAUUUUCUGAGAAUUAACUCUUAUAGAGACUAAUGAAAAGACAUAUACAUUUAAUGUUUUAUUGUUCAAAACCCUAUUUACAUUUUCCUGUGUUAUCUAUUGACAAACUGUAUGAAGGAUCUGAGUUCACCUGGUUUUAGAGCAGUUACAGUAAUGCGAGAGAGAUGGUUAUGUAGAUGACGAGGCAAGCGGCACAAGGUAACAGCACUGACACAACAUUCUCAGUAGUUUUUUCUAGAUUGAAACUAAAUGUGGCUACAAACCAUUACUCUAAAGUUUAGAGUCUAAACCCUUCACACUCAGAAAAAGCUAGCCCUGCCUCUGCUAAUCUUUCUACAAUAAAAGCUUUCUAACAUAAAAGCAUGUAGAAGUCGUGUAUCUUUCAAAGAGAUUUGCAGCUUGAUUUGAAUUAGUUUCACAAAGCAGGGGGUGGAGUUUUGGCUUGCCUGGUGACAUCACCAGGCGGUAAAAUUAA